GGGGCGGCGGCGCGGCGGGCGCGGGUCUGCAUCCGGGUCGCCGCCGUGCCCAUUGUCUGGGGAAGGGGCCCGGGGCUCGGCGGCGCUGCACCCGAGGGCCCCUGCCCGCCCGCCGCCCACCCGCGCAGGCUUUAUGGACCGCAGUUCGAAGAGGAGACAGGUGAAGCCUUUGGCAGCUUCGCUGCUGGAAGCUUUAGAUUAUGAUAGCUCUGAUGACAGUGAUUUUAAAGUUGGAGAUGCUUCAGAUUCUGAAGGAAGUGGUCAUGGGAGUGAAGAUGCAUCUAAGGACAGUGGUGAAGGUUCCUGUACUGAAUCAGAAGAAAAUAUCUUGGAGGAGGAACCGGCAGAAGAGAAAGUAGAAGAGCAGCAGCUGAAAGCCUCCACUGAAGAAGUGCCAACAACAGACAAAGAGGUAAUUAAAACUGAAAAGAAAGAGCAAGAAGAUGAAGAAGAAAAGCCAAAAAAGAAGAAAGAGAAGGAGAAAGCAGCUGAACCUGAGGCUGUGGCUGAUGAGCAAACAAAUGAACCAAAAAAAUGGAAUUUGCGCAGGAACCGACCUCUGCUGGAUUUUGUAUCAAUGGAAGAACUAAAUGAUAUGGAUGACUACGACAGUGAAGAUGACAAUGACUGGAGGCCUACUGCUGAGAAAAGAAAAGGAAAGAAUGCACUGAAAAAAGAGGGGAGUGAUGGAGAUAAUGAAGAUGAUGAAGAUGACGGGAGUGGAAGUGAUGAGGAUGACAAUGAUGAGGAAGCUAAUGAAGAAGAUAAUAGCAGCACGGCUAGUGACGGAGGAUCCAAGAAGAAGAAGAGUAAAGUUCUUAACAGGAAUAAUGCAGAUGAUGAGGAAUUGACAAAUGAUAGCCUGGCUCUUUCACAAAGCAAGAGUAAUGAGGACUCAUUGAUCCUUGAGAAGUCUCAAAAUUGGAGUUCCCAGAAAAUGGACCAUAUUUUGAUUUGUUGCGUUUGUCUUGGAGAUAACAGUGAAGAUGCUGAUGAAAUAAUCCAGUGUGACAACUGUGGAAUAACAGUGCAUGAAGGUUGCUAUGGUGUUGAUGGAGAGAGUGACUCUAUCAUGAGUUCAGCUUCAGAAAAUUCCACAGAGCCUUGGUUUUGUGAUGCAUGCAAAUGUGGUGUCACACCUAGCUGUGAAUUGUGUCCCAACCAGGAUGGAAUCUUCAAGGAGACUGAUGCAGGCAGGUGGGUCCACAUUGUUUGUGCCCUCUAUGUUCCAGGAGUGGCAUUUGGAGAUAUUGACAAGCUGCGGCCAGUAACACUAACAGAAAUGAAUUAUUCCAAGUAUGGUGCAAAGGAGUGCAGCUUUUGUGAAGAUCCUCGUUUUGCCAGAACUGGUGUAUGCAUUAGUUGUGAUGCUGGAAUGUGCAGAGCUUAUUUCCAUGUGACCUGUGCUCAGAAGGAAGGCCUCCUCUCAGAAGCAGCAGCAGAAGAGGAUAUAGCUGACCCUUUUUUUGCUUAUUGUAAACAGCAUGCGGACAGGUUAGACAGAAAAUGGAAGCGGAAGAACUACUUGGCUUUACAAUCUUACUGUAAAAUGUCCUUGCAGGAAAGAGAAAAGCAGCUUUCACCAGAAGCUCAGGCUCGAAUCAAUGCCAGGCUCCAGCAGUAUCGUGCCAAGGCGGAGCUGGCGCGCACCACCAGGCCCCAGGCCUGGGUUCCCAGGGAGAAGCUGCCGCGGCCGCUCACCAGCAGCGCUUCGGCCAUACGGAAGCUCAUGCGCAAAGCUGAGCUGAUGGGAAUUAGCACGGACAUUUUCCCAGUGGAUACUUCAGAUACAAGUUCCAGUGUUGAUGGAAGAAGAAAACAUAAACAACCAGCUCUCACUGCUGACUUUGUGAAUUAUUACCUUGAGAGAAAUAUGCGCAUGAUUCAAAUCCAGGAGAAUAUGGCUGAACAGAAGAACAUCAAGGAUAAAUUAGAAAAUGAGCAAGAAAAGCUUCAUGUGGAGUAUAAUAAGCUGUGUGAAUCCUUGGAAGAACUACAAAAUAUGAAUGGAAAACUGCGAAAUGAGGGGCAAGGAAUUUGGGCUCUGCUGGGUAGAAUCAUUGGACAGAAAUUGAACAUACCAGCAAUUUUACGGGCUCCUAAGGAAAGGAAACCAAGUAAAAAGGAAGGAGGAACACAAAAGGCGUCUACACUUCCGGCAGUGCUUUAUAGUUGUGGAAUUUGCAAGAAGAAUCAUGAUCAACACCUACUGCUACUCUGUGACACUUGCAAACUUCAUUAUCAUCUUGGUUGCUUAGAUCCACCUCUUACUAGGAUGCCAAGGAAGACCAAGAACAGUUACUGGCAAUGCUCAGAGUGUGACCAGGCAGGUAGCAGUGAUAUGGAGGCUGAUAUUGCCAUGGAAACCUUACCAGAUGGGACCAAAAGAUCAAGGAGGCAAAUUAAGGAACCAGUGAAAUUUGUUCCUCAGGAUGUGCCAACAGAACCGAAGAAAAUUCCAAUCAGAAACACGAGAACUAGAGGACGGAAACGAAGCUUUGUGCCUGAAGAAGAAAAACCUGAGGAACGUAUUCCCAGAGAAAGAAGGCAACGACAGUCUGUGCUGCAAAAGAAGCCCAAGUCAGAGGAUUUAAGGACUGAGUGUGCUACCUGCAAAGGCACUGGAGACAAUGAAAAUCUAGUCAGAUACCCUUCAUGAGACACAACUCUGCCACAACUCAUCCUCGGAGGCAAUCGUGGAAACCUUUUAUAAUAGGAUUUUUAAAUGUGGAUAAAGCUCUCAAUAGAAUACCUAAAGUAAAGGAGAACAGCUACCUUGUCUCAACUAUAAGCUUAUUAUGACAAAACAUUGAGUUUGCUUGUCAGGCUUGGAUAGAAUGUAAUUGAUUGGUUUGUUAUUUGGACUGACAAGGUAGUUAAUUUGCCUGCAUUUUUUUGCACUAUUCAGGAACAUUUUGUAUAUGCAUCGUUGAAAAAUCCCGGAUAAAUGUCUUGUCAGGAUUGUCCUAUUAAGUAAUGUCUCUCUCCCCUGUGCUUCGUUGGCAAAUGAUGUUAUACAAUGCUUGGAUUCAUUGAAGAGUGACAGAAGCCUGUGGGACUUAAAUAUUGUGUGUUCCUCUAUGGUGAUACUGAAAGAAAUAAGCAACGGUUUGCCAUCUGCCUGCCACUCUACUUAUUACAGUUUAAUAAGAACAUUUCUAUAUAGAACACUAUGUUGUACAUAGACCUUACUGUAAAAAGGAUUGUUUCCUAAAAAAACCAAUAAAUGUUCAGUGAUAAUAAGACCUGUAAAACACUUGAGACUUACUAUUCUGAAGGAAUAGAUUUGCCAUGGAAAAAUUGAUUUUAUGCUUAUUAGUAUGAAUUAAUUGUUUCUGACUCCAGACACUCAAGUGAACAGAAUUAUACCUAUCCUUCUUUCUGAUUUUUUUUUUUUUUUAAUAAGAAAAAAUUGAGUAUGUGCAGGCAUUUGUUUCAUUUGGCUUACUUCUCUGGCAGUGUUCAGGACAAGCUUAUCUCCUUCCAAUACAAACAUGAAAUUGUUUUGUAAGUUGGGGAAGGAAUGAAGAAUUGAUCACACAGCGUGACAGCUGAGAUCUUCGUCUCCGUCCGUAUAUAUCCUGGUAGAUGCACACAUAGUAUUUUGAUCUUCAAAUGGUACAGAUCCAGUUCUUAAAUCUACAGUAUCAGAGUGUUGACAUCUUCAUCGUUUUCAUCUUGAACUUGCUCGGAAAAAUUCUGCUCAUAUGCAAUCACACUUGUAACUUUAUGACCUAUAAUCCUUGAAUUUCUUAAGAUAUGGUGGGUUUUGUCAUCUAUAAAGGCACGUUUCCAUUUGAAAGUAUUUUUUAAACUUAAAAAAGAAAUUAAAUGCUGUAAUAAGUAAUAGGAGAAUAUCCAAAUUUAUGUGUACUUAUCUACAAGUCAUAUCUUACCAGGGCAUUUCAUGUUUGAAUAUUAUAUUGAAUAAAAUUAACCUGAUGUCUAACACGUCGUUUCAUUUUAAAAAGGGGGUGGGAGAAUCUCAGAGUUAAGAUUUUUGUUGGAACUAUCAGAAAUGCUUCUUAUUCUGUCUUGGCAAAUACACACAGAGAUGCAUAAAAAUAAAGAGAUUUGCACCAGGAAGUAGAUGCUAAUGCAGGAAUUUGAUCCUUAAGGAUCCGUGAAUCCUUUCUAGAAAGAAAAGCCCCAAGUUUAAUGACCACUUGUGCAGUAUUCUGAAAGUAAAAGGUUGUGUCCACAUGUUGUGUAAGCAAGGAGGGGAAAAAUGUUUGCCCAUACAUCAUGCUGAGUUUAUGAAAAAAAAAAGAAAAAGUAAUGUUUUCUGUGAUUUACGAUAAUUUAUUAAACAAAAGCAAUCUAGGUAUUGUGGAUAGGAGAGAAUGAUAAAUGUGGGUUAUCUUGGCUUUAGUAGGAUAUUCAAAAUACUUCUGUGUGUGAUAUUCCUUUAAAUGAGUUAGAGGUUCUGUUGAUUAAGCUGCAAUAAAAUAUGUAGCUGAUCAGGAAAGUAAAACAGCUACCAUGGACUCACUGUCAAAUGAUACUCAGCUCACUGGGUUCCAGUCAAGCUCUCCUGGAUUCAGUAUUACAAUAUUUCUGUUAAUUUUUGCUUUAGGAUAUUAGGUACUGAAAUAAAGUGUUUGGUUACAUUUGCAGGUGAUGACAGUAAGAUGUGAGGAAGUACGGUGUUAGAAUCUAAAAAAAAAAAUUUAGGAAAGUAUUCUGAAAAGCACUCAGUGCAGAAAGGAAACAGCAAGUCACUGUUGAUUGGUUGAUUAUUAUAUCAAGAUUGACUUCAGAAAAAAAAAUUGUGGCGGACUCUGAAUCACAGAUCACAGAACAUUGAUCAAACUGAUCAAACCUGAUAUAGACAGAGAGAGGUGUUGGAUUUAAUGCAUUGAAGUACUCCUGAAUAUUCAGAAGACCAAUAUCUCACCAUUUGAAAAGUCUCAGCCAGCAUAUCCUGUCCAUUUUGGUAAACAGAGAAGGUCCAAAGCGAACUGAACUGGAUGAUAAGAAGACCACAGGAGACAUGAAUAAAAAUAGCUUAAAAUAGUAAUAUUUCUUUAAUUUAGUGAAGGUGGGAAAUCUAUUUAAAAAGCCUAAAUUAAUAUAAAAAUUACAAAGAAUUAAGUUGCUACAAAGAAGGGGGAAAAAAAGUUCUUCAAAGUUGAUCAGAACAAAAAUAAGUUUAAUUGUAUCAAAAUGAUUUAGCCAAUAGAAAGAGUUUUUUCUAAUAAUAAGAAUACUUGUACUAGAGAUGUUUGUUAGGGAAUGUCUGUAAUCUCUGCUAUUGGAGGAUUUUAAGGACAGACUAGUGUGUAUUAAAUACUGUUUCAAGUGUUGUUAAUAUUUUCCUGGGCAUGCUUGAAAACCCAAGUUGAAUUCCUGCUUUAUUUUUUAUAUUUUUCUCCAGUAAAACUUCCGUGUAGAAUUUUGUUCUGUCUCCCUCUCUCCCUUUCUCUCUCUCUCUCUCUAGAUAUAUAUAUCAUUAGGUUGAAAGCCAGAUGCUAACACUUGAUGUUUCACCUUUUGAAAGAUGUUUGAUGGCAAUAUUCAAAACUAUAAUGGAGUUUCCUAGUAGUUCAUAAACAGUACACCAUUCAGUAGAGUUAAUAGUCUGAAGACCUGAGAGUGGCACUAAGAUGCAAUAGUGUAUUAGUAGAAUAUAAAAAAUGCAGCAUUUGGUAAUAGCUUCUUAAAUUUUACACAUUUCGGUUUGCCAAAGGACUUUUUCAGUGUCUGUAAUUGGUGUAGGAUUAUUUUAAUGCAUUGUCUAUUUAUUGUCUUUGAGUCAUUGUCUUCAUAGAAAAUCUUAGUUUAAGCAGUAAGACACUGGAAAUACAAGUCCUAUACAGUAGCUGUAUAUUAACAAAAGCAGACACAUCUGAAGUAGUGUUCAUAUCAUUAUAUUCCACUUGUAUGUGUGGGCCAUUAAUGAAUUUUGCAACCUAAUGUCACGAAGCCAUGUGUUCAGUAGUUUUGCAGUACUGAGAGAGAGAAAAGUUAAUUUCUUGCUGAAAGAAAGCUGUUCAUAUACAGGUAUAGUAAAUAAAGUUUCUUUUCAGCAUUCUUAGAAUCCAUUUUGUACAUGCAAACUUAAGUUUAAUAAACCAAAUUAUUUGUAGACCGUUCAGAAAAAAUCUUACAUAAGAAUGAUAUACAAUGAUAGCCCUUUCAGAUUCUUCCUUACCCAUGAAGAAUCAGUGUUAGGUUUUUUGCUUUAAGGGGGUGUUUGAUUUGCUAUUAAAAUAAUGAUUUUAAUCAGUUAAAUUAGUUAGGUGGUAGUUUUGGGUUUAACAUAAUAAAUAUAGCUACACAGAUGUGUGCCAGAUUAAUGCUUGUUUUCUUUUGCCAUUUUGUGGUAUAAUUGAUAUGUGCUCUUUAUUUGAAUUAAUACCCUUGAGAUUGGACAGAAAUUUAAGUAAACAGGAGAUCGACAACUUCCCAUAAUCAAAAGCACUUAGGCACCUUAUCAUGAAACUACUCCUAGCUGAAGAUGAGUAAGCUCAUUGUGCUCUGUCAGGCUGUGUCCAUCUUGCCAUAUAUGGUCUUCAUCAGCAAUAGGUAGAUAUAAAAACUAAAAUGCAGUAAUCAUCCCUUAUCUGGUAUAAUCUCUCACCUUUCAGCAACAGCCAUGGCCUCUCUCUUCCAGGCAUAACAGAAGACAGUGAUAGUCUACUCUCUGUCAUCUCCCAUUAUAAACUAUAUAAAUAAGAGAUCUCUGUAUACUUGCAUUGUACCUGGUGUAAUAGAAAUUACAAAAUUACUUUAUUACUUAGUGUAACACCAUGGCAUUAUCCUUCCCAGAAAAGAUUACUUCAUUUACCUAAAUCAAAAUUAGGAAAAUUGUGAAAAUAUUAGAAUCCAGAAAAAUGUAGGUUGCAGAAGUCUCAGAAGGACAUCUGUUACAGCCACCCACUCAGUGCAGGAAUGACUGCAAAGUUAGAGCUAACUUUGAAAUUGGGUGAAGUUCCUUAUAGGGUGAACUUUUAGCAUCUGUGAAGAUAGCGAGCCUUUCAGUGUAUGAAGAGGUAUACUUGGGCUGUAUCCUGGUUUUCUAAUCAACAAUUUAUGCAUAUGCAGUCACAUAAGAACUUUUGUGCAGAGAUGUGUCACACUCCUGGUGGUAAAGUCACCUGAAGCUUGACUGGUCCAUGUGAGAAGACUUCUUAAAGCUGUUCUGUAGACUAGAUGACCACCAAUAUUUAGUUGUUAGGUCAUUUAUAGGCAAGGGAAAAAAUAUAGCAAUCAGGAAGAUGAGAACCAACUUCUUCCAUUUUAUACCUAAUAGGGUUUUAUUAUUUUGUCAAUUUUUUGUCUAAGGACAAAGGAAUUGAUAAGAAUAUAGAUCUUAUAUUUCGGAAAAUACAGUACUGCAUCACUUCUGGUUUGUGUUUGACGGUGACAUACCACAGCAAAAUGAAAGUAAUUUGUUUUGGAAUUAAUUGGGCAGAAUUGUAGAGUUUUGGUGUAGAACGGUAGGGUAAGAUACAAAGUCAUACCUUUGCUUAUUUUCACUUCGUUCCAAGAAAUGUCAGAAGAAAAAGAUGAGUGUUAUCCACAUAUUCUGUAAAGAAAACAUGCUACAGUUCUGGGCUCCUCACUCAGUAACCAGAAUAAAUGUACUUUUUGGACAGCAUUAAUAACAGUGCACUAAAUAGAGAACUAUACAUUUAUUUCACCAUUAGAUCUUGAAUUUUACUGUUUAAGUAAGGGCACAGGAAAGUGCCUUCUUAGAUGUGACAUGCAAAGUUGCUGCUGCAACCCAAUACACUGUUCAUUCCUGUCAUGCAGAAUUUAUCACUCCUGUGGUCUGGUUGCAGUAGAGUGUCACAGGAGCACUCCUCAGCUGCUCCAGGCUGAAGUAAUUAAUUUUGUUUCUAGAGUUUGAAUUCACUUGAGCUACAUUGAUUUACUCUGUUUUUUUUGGGAAUGCUUAUGUUCUCCUUUCUCUUGUAUAUCACACAGCUGCUAAUAAGAAACCAAGUGUUCACAGUAACUUAAAUGGUCAUGGCUGGUUUUAAGUUGCUCAUCUGAAAUCAAGAAUGUGCUGCAAUUUAAAAUGAACCCCAAGUCAUGUCUCUUGUCUGUUUGCAGUUCCAGAGUGGCUCAGCACUUGGACACUGAGGGAUUAAAAGGGAGAGAGAUCAGUGUCUGAGAAGAAACCUCUGUUCCUCAGAUGUCUCUUCCUAAGGUGCUAAGAGCCUUUAGUCAGAAAUGGGGUCCAAAACAAGCCAGGAAAGGAUGAGGUUUAUCAGUAGUUAAAUCUAUGCAGGUGCUGGAGUAGCCAUUGUGUUAUAUGCCUUCAGCAAGUGGGUGUGUGUACACGCAUCCCUCUGCAGUUCCCUUUGAGUUUAAAAUUCUGGAUUAGCUUCCUUCUAAUUUUUUUCUGACUAAUUCUGAGUUUGUCAGAGUAAGGUUUAUAUGACAAAUUCUCUACUUUUAAUGGUGAGAUUUGUAUCAGUGUUUUAUAUCUUUUUUUUUUUUCCAUUAAAGUAAAUGUUUCCAUGCUGUUGUGACAAAUCAGGAGCAGUAUAUUUAUCUUGCAAUUUUGUAUUUUGUUCACCAUGGUACCUUUUGGCACGACACUGCAGGCGGUGUGCAAUGAUGCGUACAUAAGUGAGAUUUUUCUGUAGUCUCUGAAGCAUAUUUGGAAAGUUGUAUUUAAAGAUUAGCUUAUUAAUGUUGUGUUUCAGGGACAUGUAGGUAAUUACUUUUACAGCUAUAGAUGGGUGAUGCUGUCUUGUGAAUGCAAAAUAGGUUUCUUCGCUCUGGCUGAAUCAGCUCUUUGUGGUUUUCAAUGAUAUUAACCAGUGACUUACAAAUGUGCCAGUGAUGGGCGGGUUUUGCAUUCACUCCUCUGUAAAAGCACAGGUCUUUUUCCCCAGUGCUUGCAGGAAGACUUCUGCAGGCCAACUGAUAAGAUUCCCUCCUGUGCAGGUAGAUGCAAUGUAAUGAAAUUGGAUGUGUGUGCUGAGCUUUGUAAAUAAAAUGAGAUUGACCCCA